AUGGGGCUUUCUCAGUCCUCCUACUCGCCUUUCCCUAACACUUCAAAAGCCAGCUGGAAAGAUGGCAGAUAUUCAGAGUGCGCCUACCAGGAGCAGCUGACUACCUUCCAAAACAAGAAGAGGGUACUUCUGGGAGAAACUGGCAAAGAGAAGCUCCCUGGGUACUACAAGAACAUUGGUCUGGGCUUCAAGACCCCCAAAGAGGCCAUCAAGGGCACCUAUAUUGAUAAGAAAUGCCCCUUUACCAGUAAUGUUUCCAUCCGGAGGCUGAUCCUGUCUGGCGUGGUGACCAAGAUGAAGAUGCAGAGGACCAUUAUCAUCUGCCAGGACUAUCUCCACUACAUCUGCAAAUGCAAUCGCUUUGAGAAGCAUCACAAGAAAAUGUCAGUGCACCUGUCCCCCUGCUUCAGGGACAUCCAGAUUGGCGACAUCGUCACAGUGGGUGAGUGCAGGCUCCUGAGCAAGACAGUGCGCUUCAACAUGCUUAAGGUCACCAAGGCCGCCAGCACCAAGAAGCAGUUCCAGAAGUUCUAA